UACGGGUAACGGGCAGUGACUAAGGCUUUGCUGCUGUCUCCUGGUCCGGCGGCUUCUGCCCUGGUAGGCCAAGUAUGAAGAUCACAAGGCAGAAACACGCCAAGAAGCAUCUCGGCUACUUCCGCAAUAAUUUCGGGGUCCGGGAGCCGUACCAGAUAUUGCUGGACGGCACAUUCUGUCAGGCGGCGCUGCGGGGCCGUAUCCAGCUGCGAGAGCAGCUGCCCCGCUACCUCAUGGGGGAGACGCAGCUGUGCACCACCAGAUGCGUCUUAAAGGAGCUAGAAACUCUGGGAAAAGACUUAUAUGGGGCAAAACUGAUUGCACAGAAAUUCCAGGUUCGAAAUUGUCCCCAUUUCAAGAGUGCAGUGAGUGGAUCAGAAUGUCUGCUUUCCAUGGUUGAAGAGGGAAAUCCUCAUCAUUAUUUUGUAGCCACACAGGAUCAGAAUUUGUCUGUGAAAGUAAAAAAAAAGCCUGGAGUUCCUCUCAUGUUUAUUAUUCAGAACACUAUAGUCUUGGACAAACCUUCUCCCAAAACAAUUGCCUUUGUUAAAGCUGUGGAGUCAGGUCAGCUGGUCUCCGUGCAUGAGAAACAAAGUAUCAAGCAACUCAAAGAGGAACAGGGUUUAGUGAAAAACCCAGAACAGAGAAGAAAAAAGCGCAAAAAAGUAAGUGGCCCAAAUCCUCUUAGUUGUUUGAAGAAAAAGAAGAAAGCACGGGAUACAAAACCAUUUUCUGCUUCUGAUAAGAAAAGAAAAAGAAAAAGAAUCCGGAACAGAUCUACCUCAAAAGUACUUUCUGAGAAGCAGAACGCAGAAGUAUAAUGAAUCCUUUGGGUAACUUUUAAAGACUUUCAAAUGUGAAAAAUAAAUUUAUAUUUAAAAUUGUGUAAGUACUUAUGAUAAAAGACUAAACUUAUUUUUUUUAAAUGAAUAUGGACCCAUAAGCCUCUGCCUAAAGUUAUUUGUAAAAUAAAAAGAGUGGAUAGGUUUAGGUGCAGGAGUAUUUUACUUUUCUCUUGGUGAUUUUGGCAGCUUGUUUUUCAGUGUAAACUUAGUGUCCUGUCUCUUCUCCCACUAAAACAUUCUAUGCAAAUAAUGCUAAAAGUAUGUGACCAAAAAAAAAAGGCAGUCCCUCUUUCCCAUUCACAGAGGAAACCUUUUUCAACUCUUCUAGUUGUUGUAGAAUUUACCUUUAUAUUUCCAUAUAAUAUGAACACAUUGCUAUCUAUUGAUCCGUCCGUUAUCUCCACUCAUUAGAAAGAAUGGAAAUAUUUGCUUGCUUAUAUUCCUCCCCACAAUCUCACUGUAUGUUAAUAUUUCAGUUUUUCAUUCCAAAUUCAGUAUUUUCAUUUUUAUGACUAUAAACAUUGUUCACUGCUGAUCCAAGUAGCAUGUUGUGAUUACAUUUAUUUCUAAUAUAUUUUUGUUCUUGAAGUUAAUAAUUACCUCAUUUACUUUGAGCAUCUGACUUAAUCUUGCUACAUUCUCCAGUAACUCUGUUAUGGACAUUACAAUUUUAUUUUCUAUAUGGUCAUACCCAUCAGAUAACAGCAGGUCAUUUUUUUUUUUUUUUCACUUGGAAUAUACUUCUCUGCAUCCCUCUGACAUUCUCCAUUGUAGACUGUUUUUUUUGCCCAACAUGUCACACAGCUAUCACCCAGGCACUUCCUCUUGCCCUUAUCCAGGGAAUUUAUUUUUGUUGCUUAUAUUUCCUAGAUCCUUUGUUUUACUCUUUUUUUUUUUUUUCCUUUGUUAUGGUAGAGCAUAGCUAGUAUUUUUUUGAGAAAGGGUGUAUAGGAAGUAUAUUUCCUGAGGUUUAAUGUGUCUGUCUACCCUCAUAUUUGUUGUACUGAUAAUCUAGUAGAAUUCUCAGUGGAAAAUCAUUUCACUCAGUUUUUCUUGAUUACCUCCUAAAAGGUGUUUAUAAGGUGCUAGAGGAAAAAAAUUCCUUUACUUUUUUUGAGUUCCACUUGUUCAACAGGGAGGAUUAUUAUUUUUUUAGAUGUGAAUGUUAACUUCAAUAGCAAGAAUCCCAAAAUAAUAACUCUUUUUAAGAUUGUUUCAUGAGUGUUAAUCCCAAAGUGUCUGAAUUAGUCUGUGUCAAUAAAGAAUUGAAUAAUCAGA